AUGGUAUACAUUAGCAACAUUUCCCACCCCUUCAACCAAAAAUUGGUAGCGAAGCAGUACAAGAUCAGUCUAGGCAAGCUCCAAAAGAAUUUGGCUGCUGAUUUCAAGGAAGACAGUAAGUACCGCUUCUACCAAGGCAAGAACAUGGAGUCGCACCUCUACGAGGGAAUUCAGCCUGCUGAGUUCUACGACAAGCUCGAGAACGUGCUCGCAACCCAGAAGUCUGCCUUCAAGGUCAACAUCGCUCUUGGGUACAAGCUUGUCAGCAGAACCGAUGACAGCGAGACUCGCUACUUCCACCCGAAUAUUAGCAACACAUCUGUAUUUAGCACUCCUGUGGCUAUCAACAGCAAGGCUGAUAUUCGUAAGAAGGUGAUCUUGGAGAUUCGCUCCAUGGAGUUGGCUGACAAGCUCAACUACCCCAGAUCCGGGUACAUGGUGAAGGGUAUUACUGGCUUCAAAAUCUAUAUCUACCAGCGCGACCAUGCGCUGGGCGAUAGUGAGGCUGUCAUUCCUAAGGUGAUCCGCGAUAACAAGCACGUCAUCAACUUCCCCAAGACGAAUAACAAGUGUGUCUUCCACUGCAUUGCUUAUCACAAGCAGGAGGGGGCGAAGAAGGAUCCACGCAGAAUCCAGGCUCUUGUGAAACAAGCCUUCAAGCAGUACUGUUCGUACAAGGAGAUCACCUACACUCUGGGUCUGUUCCGCAAUUUCAAGCCUAUCGAUAUUCUCCAAUUCGAUGAGCUUGAGGAGUGCUUCAAGCUGAACAUCAACGUCUUCACCAUGGAUGUUGAGACAGGCAAGGUUGAAUGCAUUCGCUGCUCGGACAAGGACUAUGAUUCGAUCAACAUCCUGUCGCACGAGAAUCACGCUCUCUACAUCACGAACAUUGAUAUGCUCCAGCAGAAGUACCAAUGCUCUAAGUGUGAGAUGGUGUUUGUCAGCUCUGAUAAGCUACGCAACCACACCAAGAACCAGUGUGAACUCGUGAACAUCGAAUCGUUCCCAGCUCAGCCAACCAUCUACCAACCCGCUCCGAAUAGCAUUCGUUCCAUACUGACUAAGUACUCCAUCGAGGAUGCUGACCAUUACAUCGAUCACUUCAUUGUAUAUGAUUUUGAGGCUAUCCUCAAGCCUACGGCCAACAGCUUGACUGAGGAGGUGCGAUGCUUUGUCAGCGAUGAUCCAAAGGAGUUGCUCAAGGAUAUGUUCCAGUACAUCGAGGAAGUUGCGGCUAAGAUUCAGCGGUACAACGUCUCGAAGUAUGAGACUUUGCUACACAAGAUCAUCAACGUCCAUGGUUUGACUGACGCUGAGGUUCCUGGCCUAGACUUGAGUAAGACGUACAAGAUGGAAGAUGUCAAUGCUUGGAUUCAGAACGGAGAUUUUGCUAGUUUCUUCGAUCUCCACAGCAAGCUCACAUUCGGUAAGAAGCGCUCUGACUAUGGUAAGCUGAAGCAGUGCAUUGAUCAGGUACCAGUACUCGGAUUCAACUCUGGACGAUACGACAUCAACCUUAUCAAGGCGGACCUGUUUGCAGUCAUCGGUACUGACAACAUCACAUCAGUCAUCAAGAACCCUAGCUACAUGUGCAUCGCCACGUCAGACAUGAAGAUGCUUGACAUUAGCAACUAUGUUCCGGCAGGCACCAGCUAUGCAAAGUACUUGUUGACAUAUCUCGGUGAGUGCAAGUGUGAUGACAAGAUUCGAUGCGUCUGUGGCCUAGGAAAAGGUAUCUUCCCGUACGAGUACAUUACUUCAUUUGACGUACUCAGUCAGCCGGAAGUCCCUCCUAAGUCGGCGUUCGACAGUGCUCUUCGUAGCACUAGCAUCAGCGAUGAGGACUAUGUGCGGGAUCUACUCAUUUGGUACAACAACCUCGAUGUAGUCCCCUUCAUCAAGGCCAUCAAAGCCCAGCGAGAACUAUUCAAACGUUUCGAACUUGAUAUGUUCGCUGAUGGUGUGUCGCUACCUGGUCUCUCUGAGAAAGUCAUGUAUCAGACGUGCUUCAACAACCUCCAGCAACCAAGUAAGGAGCCUGCGGAAGCGUUUGACUUUCCCGCUAGUCGCUUAAGCGGAUAUAAGACCCAGGAUGCUGAUGCCGAUCGCGAAUUCAAUAUGACGCUAGAACACGUCAACGACUUGCUAGAGCGACAAAAGUACCUGUGCGGGUUAUGCUACAAGCAACUCACAGCUGAUACUGCCUCGGCCGACCGAAUCAAUAACAAGCUCGGACACAUCGAUGGCAAUAUCUUGAUCAGCUGUGUGGGAUGCAAUGUUGCUCGCAAGAACAUGUCGCUAAAGGGCUUCCGCCAUAAGAAGCUACUUGAAUUCAACUCAGACAGGUUGGUGUACAGUAUCGAUAGAGAGGAGAAGGACAUCUACACCAAGAUGAAGGCGAACAUUGCUGGUGGUCCUUCUAUCAUCUUCAACAGAUACGCAAAACGUAACGAAACCAAGAUUCGAGGGGGUAAGAUCUGCAAAAAGAUCAUCGGCUACGAUGCUAAUGCUCUGUAUUUGUGGGCUCUUGGUAACGAGAUGCCAUGUGGACAGUUGACCACCAUCGAGGCAUACACAGGGAUCGUCGAUGAUAUUGUAAAUGGCAAGAUCUUUGGCUUCCUAGAGUGUGAUAUCCGUACACCAGAGCAUCUCAAACCCUAUUUCAGUGAAAUGACCCCAAUUUUCAAGAACACCCUUAUCGACUGCAGCGAUCGGAGUGUCAUCGGUCAGCACAUGUUCGAGUACAACGAGGGGUGCAAGCAAAGCCGAGCAAAGCCGGCUCGCAAACUCAUCGGGAGCUACUUUGGUGAGAAGAUCCUCAUUUAUGCACCGCUACUCAAAUGGUACAUUUCUCAUGGCAUGGAGAUCACCAAGACUUACAGCUUCAUCAGGGCUAGCUCUCACAAGGCGUUUGCUCCAUUCAUGGAAGCCGUAUCGAACGCGCGACGGGAAGGUGAUGCCGAUAAGUCUAAGGCCAUGAUUGCUGAGAUGAUGAAACUAGUAGGUAAUUCAGCGUUCGGUCGCAGUGGCAUGGACAUGAGCAAGCAUAAGGAGGUCAAGUAUGAGUCGGAUGAGAAGGCAAUUAAAUCAAAGAUUGAGCACUUCACCUUCCAUGGAAUGGAAGAGUUGAAUGAUUCAUGUGAAUUCACAAUGAAGAAGAGAAAGCUCAACAACAAGAACCCAAUUCAUCUCUCGAUUGCAAUCUAUCAGCUCGCAAAGCUCCGCAUGCUUGAGUUCUACUACGAUUGUAUUGACUUCUACUUCGACCGCUCAAAUUUUCAGUAUCAGGAGAUGGACACCGACUCUGGCUACAUCGCUUUCAGCUGUGAAAAACCAUUUGAGGAGUGCAUCAAGCCUGAGCUUCGUGAGCAUUUUCAGCAGCACAAGUAUGAGUGGUUCCCGCGCGACUAUAAUGAGACUGUAGCCAAGUUUGACCGUCGAACCCCUGGUUUAUUUAAGGAAGAGUGGUCUGGUGAUGCUAUGGUAUCAUUGUCCUCUAAGAACUACAUUUGCUACCUACCAGAUGAAUCUUACAAGGUCAAGGUUUCAGCGAAGGGAGUCCAGCAGAGUGCUGGACGCAAUGGCGACGUCCUCAACCCAGAUGGCUUUGAAUCAGUUGUUCGCGAUCGCAUCACGCUACAGGGUACCAACAAGGGGUUUAGACUCAGUAAGGAGAGUAAGUCAAUAAUUACGUACAGCCAGACUAAAACAGCUCUAAAUUACUACUAUGACAAGCGUCGUGUACUUGCGGAUGGUAUCACCACCGAGCCGCUCGACAUAUAA